AUGACAACGAAAGUGCUAACUAAGCUAUCAUGGAACUUCAAGAAGGCGAACUGGCCAGGAAUCACAAACCUUUUAGACAAUGAACUUCACACAUGUCCCCUCAACUUCAACCAACAUCAUGACAAACUUUGCAAUGAUAUCACGAAUAUUAUGAUCAGAUGUGCAAAGAAAACUAUUCCCCGAGGCAAAACUAAACACUAUCGAGUAUUUUGGUCUAAACACCUUGAAGAACUGAAAAGAAGUCGGGACGCCCUUCGCAACACUGCUGAUCAGACUGAGGAAACAAAACUUAUCCAGAUGGGUAUCAUCGAUGCAACUUUGUAUCUCGAUGCUCCAGAUGUUGAUGAAUUGAUGAAGAGCACUGAUUUCUACACUGCUAUCCCCAGAUCGCUUUCAAUAUACUUUGUCGUGAUUGGGCGACCUAUUCCCCAGUGA